UGCAUGAUAUUCACUUAUCUUUAAAAGAAACCGGGGAACCCUGUAAGUCAGACUUGCAUUAGAUUCCAGAGAUCGAGGGUACAUCUGAGUUCCUAGACAGCCGAGAGGCUGGAUAGGGUAGAGAAAUGAUUUUAACUAGUAUUGUUAUCUAUUAUGCUUGUAUACCUGUAUUCAGCUAUAUAUAUAUAUAAAAUGUAGAAGCAAACUGUCGCAUUGUUAUUCCUGGUAAGACAAACGUCUUAAGAAACUGAAAGAAGUAAAUACACAACGAGAAGCAGAAGUAAAGACAGCUAGAGACAAAUUCUAGACGAUCACAAGGCUACAGAAAUAUGUAGUAAGAACAGAUGCAUGGGUCGUACGUACGGUUCCCUUAAAUCUGCUCUCCACGUCAGACAGAAGACCCAUGGUGCUACAUAUUCUAUUUGGUUGCCGUGACAGUUUCGACCUUUAGGGUAAGCAGAAAAUUUGGAAGAAGAUUAGAAGAAAAGAUAGUAUGCAUCACACGUUGGAUGUGGGGAGUUCUCUCGUAAUAUUUUCCACAUCUAACCAGUGACUGCAUAGCACUGCAUAGUCUUACAUAUUCGAUUUGAUGCCGUAACGCAGUUUCGAACUUUUGGGUAAGAAGUCACUUUAGAAGAAGAAUACAUGUUUGAAGACGUUAAGAAGAAAAAAAGAUCUGUACAAUCCAGCAACAGAAGACAAAUUCUGGUGGAAAAAAAAGAAAUCUGCUGGAGAUAUUCGAAAAAUUGGUUGAAGAGCCGCCAUUUGAAUGUCGGAAUGUGGUCAUCAAGAAAGACAAAUGGGUUACUAGAGAUUAUAACGUUAUGGAUACCAUGUUGGGGAGGGGUAAAUUUGGUGAAGUCAAACAAUGUAAAGAAAGAGAAUCGGGAAGGAUGUUAGCUGCUAAGUUUAUUGAUAUGAAUGGACCACAAGACAAGAAAGAUAUCUUAAAUGAGGUAGAAAUCAUGAAAAGUCUUCAACACCCACGACUGCUUCAACUUUACGAUGCUUAUGAGAAGAAAAACAGUUUCUGUCUCGUAUUAGAACUAAUUGAAGGUGGUGAAUUGUUUGAACGGGUUAUAAAUGAUGAUUUUAUUCUCACAGAAAAAGCUUGUGUUAUGUUCCUCAGACAAAUAUGUGAGGGUGCUGCCUUUAUGCAUUCGCAGAACAUUCUACAUUUAGAUAUGAAGCCUGAAAAUAUAUUAUGUUUAUCAAGAGAAGGGAACCGGAUAAAGAUUAUAGAUUUUGGUUUGGCUAGAAAAUAUAAUCCUAAAGAAGAUCUACGAGUUCUAUUUGGUACCCCUGAGUUUGUAGCACCGGAAGUUGUCAACUUUGACCCAAUCAACACAGCUUCUGAUAUGUGGAGUGUUGGUGUCAUAUGUUAUGUAUUGUUGUCUGGUCUUUCGCCGUUCAUGGGGGAUUCGGAAUCAGAAACUCUUGCCAAUGUAACUUCUGCAACAUGGGAUUUCAAUGCAGAGGAAUUCGACAGCAUUUCCAAGGAAGCUAAAGACUUCAUUUCCAAGCUACUUAUCAAGGAUAAAAGGAAAAGGCUAUCUGCUGCCGACUGUUUAGAACAUCAGUGGUUAAGGAGAUCACUAAAACGAGAAGGCCAUUUACCAGAGAGGUCCCUAUCUACUAAGAGAUUAAGAAAGUUUGUAUAUCGUCGAAAAUGGCAAAAAGCCAUCAACGCCAUGCUAGCGUUAAGAAGAAUGGGUGUGACGUUGUCAUAAUAUUUUUUUAUUAGAAACUUGAACGUUUAGGACAGUGUGAAUGUGAAUCAGUAUCAUUUGUUGUUAUUUCAAGAAAUAUAUCUGAAUGCAAUGUAGAGCCAUUGAAUCAAUAUCAUUAGUUGUUAUUUCAAGAAAUAUAUCUGAAUGCAAUGUAAAUAUUGUAAAGCCAUAAGCUACCAUGCAGUUGGUGGAUAUUACCAGAUUUGUCGGCAUACGCCAAAGUGUCAGCAUCUGAUGUGGUGUACAUUAAAGAAAUUACAAUGUGGUUUAAAAGAAGAAAAUGUUUCAACACUAUGAAUUUGUAAUACAAAACAGAAGACAAUCGCGUGUAGUUUGAUAAAAAUUGAUUUAAAAUUA